GCGCUCUCAGAUAACACGGAUUUCACAGUGCUGGCGGUGCUGGGUCCGCCCUCCCUUGGAAAAUCAUCGCUGCUCAACGCGCUUGCUGCUGCGCACAUUCCCGCCAAUGCCGCUGCUGGGCCCCUGGGAGGGGUGUUUGUGGUGGGCGGGGAGGAGCAGGUGCUGGCAGGGCGGCACUGCAGCAGCGGCGUGGAGGCGCAUGUGACCUCGGAUAGGCUGUUGCUCAUAGACACUCAGCCCAUCAACAGCGCAUCUCUCCUCCUAGACGUCGCCUGUGCGGACGGAACCGUCAGCAUCGACAUCAUCCCUCCUCCUUCCACUAUCUCCCACUCCUUUCCUGACCUUCAUCACCCCUUCCAUCCCCACUCUUUCACCUUCAUCUCUUUUAUCCCGUCAUCCCAUGCCCCACCUCAUUCUGCUGAGCUCGCACACACCAUCAUGGGCCUGCAGCUAGGGGUAUUUCUCUUCUCCGUGUGUCACCUGGUGAUCGUGGUGUGUGAUGGAAUAAACGACCGCGCCACCUGGGAGUACAUCCAGACCGUCCAAAUGCUGCGCCUCUCCCCAUCUGAAAGCCCCUGGGGCCCUUCAAAGGCUGCUGCAACCUCGGCUGCUGCUGCUUCUCCUGCUGCUGCUGCUGCCGCCGCUGCUGUUAGUGCUGCUGGUGCUGCUGGUGUCCCGUCUACUGGGGGGGAACACAGGGAGAGCUGCCGUUGGGUGGGGGAUGAGAUGGUGUUGGGGAAGGAGGGAGAGGAGAGUUUCGCUGCCGAUGCUCUCUUUGUCUUCUCCAGGUGCGUUCUCCUCGCUCACUCUCUCCCUCACGCCAGGUGCGUUCCGGUGACAUGA